AUGAAUCGUCAUAGAGAUGAACUAGGGAGAUUUGUAAGGAGACCCAACACCCCUAGUGAUAACUCUUCCGAUACAUCAAGCAUUGCCUCUCCCACCUCAACAAUUGCUCAUAAUCCAUUCGCCAUGGCCCAUCAUGAUGAAAUUCAGCAGAGAAGUCUUAAUGACUAUCUCCAUCCUACUCGCACUCCUACCCCUUCUUGUAUCCUCUUUCCACCUAAUAUGCCCAAUUUUGAAUUCAAACCUGGCAUGAUUCAACUCUUGCCAAAUUUCCAUGGUUUAGAAAAUGAAAAUCCUUAUGUACAUAUUAGGGAAUUUGAGGAUGUGGUAGCCACUUUUUAUAACCAAGAUAAUAUCGCGGGUACUGUGCGAUUGAAGUUUUUUCCCUUCUCUUUGAAGGAUACAGCUAAAAGUUGGUUAUACUCCCUGAGACCAAGGUCUAUUGGAAUAUGGGAAGAAAUGACAUCAUCAUUCUUUCACAAAUACUUCCCUAACCACAAGACCAAUGGUUUAAAAAGGCAGAUUUCCACCUUUUCCAAAAAAGACAAUGAAACUCUUUAUCAAGUCUGGAAAAGGUUUAAAGAACUGUUAACUCUUUGUCCCCACCAUGCUUAUGAAAAAUGGCACCUAGUUAGUUAUUUCUAUGAAGGCCUCACUAGUCGUGAACGCCAGUUUAUAAAAAUGAUGUGCAAUGGUGAAUUCCUCCAAAAAGAUCCUGAAGAAGCCUUUGAAUAUCUCAAUGAGCUUGUAGAAAAAUCUCAUACUUGGACUGGUCCAAGUGCUACUGAAAGCUCUAACAGAAAUCGACCAGCAGGAAUUUACCAAUUAAGGGAGGAGGACAGUCUCAAAGCCCAAGUUGAGUCCUUAACGAAGCAACUUGAGGCCUUUAAGAAAAAAAGUGGGCAAGGACAGAACAUGGUUUCCCAAGCAGAAACACAUGAGCCAUGUUUUGUGUGUGGAGAAACAGAUCAUUUAGCUAAGGAUUGUUUAGCCUUUAGACAAAUGAGGGGGGUUUAUGAAGAGCAAUGCAAUGCCUUAGGGACCUACAAUACGCCAUUCUCUAAUACGUACAACCCUGGUUGGAGAAACCACCCAAAUUUCAGUUGGAAAGAUCCCAACCAAGCACAAUCUUCUGGAGGGCAAUGGAGAAAUGAGCACCAAAAUCAACCAUCAAAAGCUCACUCUAACGAUCAAACCGUUAAGGAGGCUAAUGCCAUCACAACUAGAAGUGGUAAAACUUUGGAAGAUCAACCAAUAGUAGCUACCACUUCAAAAUCUCCACAUGUUGUCGCUGAAAGUGUGCCAUCCAAUGCUUCUGUAAAAGUUCCAUUCCCCCAGGCUCUGAGACCUGCUGGGAAAAAUCUUGAAAAUCGAGGAGAAAUCCUUGAGCACUUGACACAAGUGAAGAUUAAUCUUCCUUUGCUUCAUGUCAUCAAACCAGUGCCAGUCUAUGCUAAAAUCAUCUAG